GGCACUACAAUGAGUUUUUCUGAAGUACGAACCAUGGGAGGCAGUGUAGGUACUGGUGUAGGCAUGGGGGCAGCCAACCUGGGGCACCUCCCUGUUGAGGAAGUGGACCAGGCUGUUGUUCCUCCACCUCCCCCUCCUGCGGCAGCACCAGCAGCACCACCUGCUGUAGGAGCACCCAUGUUCAGCAGUUUCCAGACAGCCUCUCUCUCCUCCUCUCCUGCAGGUUUCCCCCCCAUCUCACGUCCAAACAUAGGCAGCAUGUGGGGUAUUGGGGGCUUCACCUCACCAGCCCUCCCCACCCCACCCGCAGUCACCCCAAACACCAUAGCAUCAACCCUCGGAAAUCCCCAGAUGCCCAGUGUGACCUUCUUCAAUUCCAGAGCGCCAAUGGGCUUCAAUUUUAGAAUGGCUGGGUCACACUUAGGCACUCCUUAUGUUUACAAGCGGAAGCCAGAGGAUGAGCUAGAAGAGGUCAAACCUGUGGUGAAGCAACACAUAACAGAAGAGAAGAUGUCGGCUCACCUGAAUGCUCUUCAUUUGUCCGAGAGUUAUUGCAAUCAUAAACUAGGAAAGAAGGGUUUGCGUAGUGAAGCAGAGCUUUCUGAAGAUGCUGACGAGGGUCUGGGCCACUUUGGGGAAGACCAGGAGGGGAUGCUGCUGGAUGCCAAAGGCCCCAUGCGUCUCAUCAUAUCUGACGAGGUGAAGCAGGUUGUGCCUGGAGAAUCACAGCUCCCUGCUUCAUUGUUAAAAAAAUUAACACAACCCAGCAUGGAGGUGGUACUGUGGAGACCUCCCGGUGAUGUUAUAAGAAAUAUCAUAUCAACAAAUGUUGGUCUAGAAGAUAAGAAUGGAGAAACCAACACAUCAGAACCUGUCGAUUCGUCUGACUCUGCCUCCACCUCUUCUUCUGCUCCUGCCGCUGCUGCUGCUGCUGCUGCUGGUGCGGCUGCUGCUCCAGAGUCUGCGCAGAGGGGCGAAACCUCAGCCAGCAGCUCCCCAGACUCUGGGAUCUCAGUGUCGUCCCCACCUCCAUCCCUGUCCUUCCUGGGCCAGCAGUCAUCUCUCGUUUCACCAUUCACCAGUGCAGGUUCAGUGUCAGCUGAGGCAGGUGAUGACUUACUCUCCCUGCCCUCCACGUCCUCUGGCUCACGGGGAGGUGGAUAUUUACCCCCUCUGCGGAGACCGGCAAGCCCCCUGCCUGAUCCCAUGGCUGAUGAUGAUUUCUCUGAGCGUAUGGAGUUCAACAAUAAUAAUGGCAAUGCACCCAACUUCAUGUGGUUAGAGGAGAACAACAACAGUGCAUUGAUUGACCUAAAUGCAGUUGAGCCACAGAGAGCUCCCCUGCUGGAUGACCUACCUGAUUUGCCAGACUCAGAUGAUAUGGAUUUAUAACACUGAGGAGAGGGGAGGAUGUGUGCUUAUCAAUAUGUGUUAAGAGAUGAAGCUUUCAUGCCUCCUUCCCGAGGUUUCCUGUGUAUGUGUAUGUGAGAUAAUGUGUUGGGUACCUGCUGGUUGCAAAGAUUAAAGUACAAAGUGCUUGACUUUGCGUGUUGCAUGUAAGAAAUAUAUGCAGGAAUAUAUUAUAGGACUAAAAUAGUGAGAUGAACAUUUUUAUGUCUCUCUGAUAAGGUACCCAUAGAACCAGAAACUUGAUGUGCAAAUCAUCUAGCUCUGCUGUACAGUCUUGUGAGAUAUAAAGAGACAACAUAUGGUUUCAAGCAUUCAUUGAUCAUAACACAUUUCAUUCAUGAUUGGAUGUCCCAUAAUCCUCUGACAUACUGUGUUCUAUUCCAAAGGAGGUUAUGCGAGUUCCAACUGUCUAUGAUCUGCUUUAUAAGUUAUAGAAUUUUUGACGAUUUUGUUUAUGUGCAGUUAACUAAAAAUUUCUAGUCUUGGAACACUGUCAAUCUCAUUCACAUUUGAUGAAACCCUGAUUGUUGCUUGUUAAGAAGUUCAGAAAUGUGUUUUAAGAUUUUAGCCUUGCCUGCAGGAAAUGCUCUAGGAAAUGUCAUUAAGCUACAUGGACACAUGAAUAUUUCAUUUUUGUUAUGAUUUAUUCAUUUUUAAAUGUACUCUCAAUUUCUGCAGUUAGUUAAAAGAUACAGGGAAAGUUGGGAGUGAAUUUCACAAUUGCAUAGGAAGGUGUUCCAUAUGAUUGUCUUUAUCUUGUCUUGAUAACAAAAAAAUAUUGUCACCUAUACCUGAUAAAAUUAGGUAUAUUGCACCAUUAUGUUUUUAAUGGGUGUAGGAUCCUCAUCUCUGUAGUUAAGUUUACAGUUGCUUGUUCUCUCAACAUGGGCAGCUCUUUCUCCCUUUGGUCAUAGCAACUGUUACGUUUUUUUUACAAUACGCAGAAUUGUUCAGUUUAAUUGUCCUCAAUAUGUUAUUGUCUUACUUAUUCACACUACAUAUUGUCAUGCUGAUUAUUAUAAAUUGUUAUACUCCAUUUCUAUAGAUUCUCAACCACC